AUACCAUGAAUGCAUCAGGAGGCAUUUAAAGAUAUGAGGUUGCGUCUGGCCGUAAGGUAGCGGUCCAGCUAACUUCACAGCUAACAAUGCCUGGGAAAUGUAAAUUUCAGGACUCCUGGCUCUCAAAGGGGAUUUACAAGGACUGGCUGAUAAAGGACGCCCAGGGCAUACACUUUGCCAGAUGUAGGGCCUGCUGUAAAUCUAUUAAACUUCAGACCAUGGGCGAGGCUGCUCUCAGCAGCCACGCAGGGGGAGCUGGCCACAAAGCGGCGGUCCGCAAGCUAGUGGAAGGUAGCUCAGCUUUGGAUCACGACUGGAAAACCUGUUUAAGACAGGAAUUAGAAUGUGCAGAAAUGCACAAGUACAUGUGAUACUGACUGGACUAUAGCUGUUAUUAGAUAGCUUAUAUAACUGUAUGUCUGAUUUAGUGUCUGUAGUUGUUGGUGGGCGUGUGCAUAUAACUAUAACAGUCCAAACCUGUGCUCAUCACUCAGUUUUUCCUCAGAUCAUCCACUCUUAAAGACAGCAAUACAAUUUAAGAGCAAAGUAAUAUCAGUCAAUACUGUGCAAAUUUUAAUGAUCGCCAAUGUCACUCAGUGCCUCCAAUGUGCAUAAGCCCACUACCAGAGAUUGAAAACAUAUUUACUUCCCUGCAGAGGUGGGUAGCAGCUGUUUGAAAAAAUCUGCAGUCUGCUUGGUGUCUUGGCAGACAGGAAAUUAUUCACUAAUAAGUCUGUAUCAAAAGGAAAUGCAAAUGUCCCUCACCUCUUUUAGUGAAACAUUAAAAGUGGUGUUUGAAAAGAUUGCAACCCCUUUCUGUUUUAUGUAUUGAAAUCUUCUAAGUUGACAGUUUAAUCUUAUUUCUUUUGUUCAGCCCUUUACAGUAAGGUAUUAUCAUGUAAUCAUCAACCAACAAGACAGAACUGAAAUGAUCAUAUUCAGUAUUUUAUCAUUUUGCUCUCAUCCCUUCAUUUAGUUGGAUACUUGCUGUCUUGCUUUUUAUAUUCAGCAGGUGCAACUUCAGGCAGCCAAACACUUCAAGGUGACUGAAAAGUACUGAAGUGUACCGCCAAGUUUGAAGUUUGGAUUUCUUGCUCCAAACUGUUAUUGGGAAGCAAUAAAUUCAAUGUUGCAAAAGAAUGGUUAACUAUUGGUUAGUUAGUUGUCGGUCGUUUUGCUUUCUCAUGCACAAAGUUUGAGCCGUGUUUGGUUUUGAUUGAGUUGUUCUGAUAGUCCAGUCAGAAAUGAAAAUUCCUGCUCUGUACUGUCAACACUAGAUUAGACUAAAUGGAGCAGUUUUCGUUGGUAUGUUGGAGUGUGUUGAUUGAAUUGGGACUUGUACCUGCUUCUACCAGAGGGAGGCACCCUCUGCUCAUUUCCCUGUAACACAUUAACCUCCUGCGUCUCCCCUGUGUGUCUCCUGUCUUUUUUUCCUUAUAAGCAGGCAAUAUGAUGGCAAUUAAUGCUGCUGGUCAGACCAACGGCACAGUGAAUCGGGUAAAUAUUCAAAUACAAUCAUGCUGGUUUAAACUUAUUUAAGGAAUAAACUCAUCAGCAUUCAAACAACAUAAAGCUGAACCUGCAAAUGCCCAUGUUGCACACACAGUGGUAAAGUAAUCCAUGACAUGACAUUUUUCUCUCUGUCUCAGACUGAGGACAGCAAGGAGCAGGUGGGCUUGUGUGUCCAGCGUGACUCUGUGGACAGAGUAACAGGCAGCGACUGGCCAGAUCUGCACCACAGCCCCACUCCAAACUCCACCUCCCACAAUGCAGAGCUACCUGAUGUGGCAUUUCAUGCUGCUUAUUUCACAGCACCAGGUACUGUAAGACGAUGCUCUGCAGGCUGACUCAGUACAAGUUACCUAUCAUCAAAUUUUCUGUCUGUAAAUAUUAGUAUAAGUUAAUAAGAAGACUUUUAGGCUGUGAACAUGUAUGAGUUUAUAGCUAAUGAAUUAGGUUGUAGCCAAGUAAACAGCGCUGAAUGAUUUUCCUGUAGGGCAAUUAGAAAAGUGUUUACAAAGAAUAAGGUGUGUUAUUAUACACAGACUAAAUACAGACUAACAGGAAAUAUAUGUUUAAGUCAACAAUAUUCAGUCCUCGGGUUUAUGAAAGUCAUCUGAUAGUUUUACUGAUAUCUAUAAAGGUGCAGUGUGAAGUACUUAGCAGCAUUUAGCAGAACAGAUAUAGAAGAUAUCAUUAUCAUUGAAGCUUCUUAUCCUCAAAAGCCACCAUCACCUCUGGAAUUUCACUAAAGGGGGAUUGGGCAGAAGAAGUGUUUUAAUCUAGAAUCGUAUGUUUGUAGUAUUGAUUUUGUAUCAAAUGAAUGAUGCAUCAUAAUGCUAAAGGUUAUUGCGAGUAAACUUAAAGCUACUGUGAGCAGUUUUUAACUGGAAGAAAAACAGACAGAAACUAAUAAUAAUGUCUCUUUAUGACAUUCACGAGCAGACAAGACCAGCAGAUAUAAAUCUGAUAAUUUCACUGUUUCGGGUUUAUCACUUCAAAGUACUGUAAGGGGCUUAGGUAUCAGAACAGAUGAUUGACAGCAGGGAGAAAAACCUCCUUUUUUUCUCUUUUUGCACAGCAAAUACUUUCAAUGAGUGAUUCAUUUCUUAUUAUUUAAAGAAUAACACUAUGAAGUUUUUGUCUGAAAAAGCUACUUCCAGACCAGAAAAAUAGACAAGAGAUAUCACUUUGUUCACAGGGGGCGCCAGAAUCGACCCAACGCCAAAUGUUCCUCACAGCAGCUUUAAUAAAAUUAUGAACUAUAAUGAAAUAUAUUUAAGUGAUAUUUAAGUGAGACACUGUCUGGAUUUUAACCAGUUAAACACCCCCCUGAGAUUUUUGAGUGUCACAUUAUUCAGAGCUUCCUUUCACAGUGUUUCUGUCACUGACCUUGCAGGCACGUCCAGGCUCAUCAGCCAGCGUCUCCACCCAUCAGUCAGUGACACGGAGGAAUCACGUUACCAACCAGCGCAGCAGGACUCUGUCGACCUGUCCAGACUGGAGUACCAGCAGAGGUCGGACGCUCUGGAGCAGCAGCAGCAGAUGAAGAUCCUUGAGUGGGAGAACAGGAUGAAGGUGCUGGCGUGGGAACAGGAGCUGGUGAGGGAGAAAAGGAGGGCAGCCCGGCAGAAGGAGAAAGCCUUUAGGAUGAAGAAGGCUUAUUACAAAGCCAAGCUGAGGAGGAUGGGCCAGGAUGUGCCGCUGUCUUCCUCCAGCAGCAGUGAUGAUGAGGAGAAAACAUCUGACCCCACAGGAUGAACCAUGGACAGCUGUAUUUUUAUGAGCACUCUUACUUAUAUCUAUUUUGUCUUUUGAAGUGUGACUAUUUUUAUAUACUGUUUAUAUUUUAAUGCAAAGGAAGGAUUCUCAUUUUAUUGAAAUCAUCUGUCUAUACACAAAGAGGACAAAACAGACUUUUCCUUUAGCACUGGGCUUUUGUAGUUCUUGUAAAGCUGCCUGCAGCAGUGAACAGCAUGACGAUUUGUUUAACUCGAGAGGAAAUAACUGCUUCUGAAAGGCAAAGUUAGAGUGCUUGAGUUAUAUCACCAUUCAAUUUCACCAUAAGAACUGCAGUCCACCAACUCUGCUGUGUGAUUAUCAGAUUUUCUGAUAAAGUCAUCCCCAAAGAUAAACACUACAAAGUAAACGUCAUAUCCCGUUUCAAAAGAGUCAAUCAAAGAGUCAAACUAAGUGGCUCUGCUGAAAGAAAUGCACAUGCUAUGAAUGUAGACACAAUUAUUUAAUACACCUCAUAGGCAGGCCAAUGACCUGUGUAAAACAGCUGAGAUCACAGUGAUCCUGUGUGAUUUAUCUGUAAUUAAUCACAAUGUGGUUUCAGUAUUAGAUGAUAGAUGUAUUGGUAGAGAUAUAUUGUUGUUCACAGUGAUAGUUUCCGGGAAGGACAGAGCUCAUUAUAGAUAUAUUAUUUUGAAGAAUGUACCUCCUAAUGGACAAUCUUUUGAACAUAGUUUUCCAUGCACAGCUUCUUCUUCUGUGGUGCCUGUCAACACAAGUAUGUAUGCUAACAAAAAAAGCAUAUUGUUUUGGCUUUGUAAAUAAAUUACAUUUUGUACUGA